AUGUCAUCUGGACCAGUGACGUAUCUUCCUCUGGAUACAGAUGAUCAAUGCCAGAGAUGUAAAGAAAAGCGUGCGGUUCUUCUAUCGCGGAAAGAGAAGUUUUGUCCUGACUGCUUCGUCUUCUUCAUGAGAGGAAAGCAGCGGAAACUGAUGCUAGAUGAGCGGUACAAGGUAAAAUAUGGCCAGGUGGCCGACCGUUUGGGUGUACAAAAGGUCUUGCUACCGUUGUCUUAUGGUGCCUCUUCUCUUGUCCUUCUCGAUAUGGUGGCGUCACUUCUUCAGGAACAGAACUUGGCUCACAAGGGAAAGCAAGGUUUCGAGUUAGUGGUGGUGCAUUUGAAAGAACCAAACUUAUCCGGUAAUGCGUCGGACAAUUCUGAAACUGAUUCGGAUUUUGCAUCUGGGGGAAAAAAGUUCAAAGAACUAGCACUGCAAUACUCACCCGUCAAUAUUGAGUACCACGAAGUGGACAUCGAGGGGGCCGUCUUGACUGCAGCCAUGAAGAUCACUGUAAAUAACCAGUUUGGAGUCAUUGCUUUGCCGUCUAGUAGUGAUGAAGCAGAGAAGCGAACCAUUGGUGACGCCUUACGAGCUUGCGCAACCAGAUCGCUGCAAGAAGAUCUAUUGAGCUUGAUGAAAAAUGAACUCAUAAGAGGUCUUUCCUUAAAGACAGGGUGCAAAACCAUUAUUUAUGGCCACAGUAUGACACGCUUGGCAAACGAAGUCAUUUCGUUGACCGUUAAGGGAAGGGGCCUGACAAUACACGAGUCGGUCAUCAACAAGAGCAUUGAGUACAACCAGCAAGAACUUCAAGUUAUUUUUCCACUACGAGAUAUUCUCAAAGCAGAGGUCAUUGCUAUCCUUCUGUUUAAUGAAGCAUUGCAGAAGUUCCUUUUGCCAGACGCUAAACCAGGCUCACGCCUCGCCAAAAACAUGACCGUCAGAGACUUGACCACUCAGUAUUUCGAUAACUUGGACGCUACUGGAUAUGCCUCCACCGCUUCUACCGUUGUGAAGACUGCGGAAAAGCUCGCUGGUCCAAAAGAGCCGCAACAAGGUACGUGUGACGUCUGUGGGUCUAGCAUCCAUCAUCAGCCCCAGAAAUGGCUCAGCGACAUCACGGUCUCCAUUGCUGCUCCUCUCACAACUGAGGAUGAAGAAGAAUACGCUCGCCAAUAUGGCACUUCCGAAGGUAGCGCUGAGGGCAAAGAGCUCAGAGUUUGCUACGGUUGCACCGUCACAUUGGCUGGUUCAGGCAAACAAUUCGAAUGGCCAAUGCGAGCAACCGCUCAGGAAAUCAUUGAUGAAUUUGUUUUGACAGAUGAUGAAGAUGAAGGGCCAUGA